GUGUUGUUGCGGUGGCGGGUUGUAUCGUAAUGGCGAUGCAGGGCCCUUACGACCAGGAAACCAAGAGAUACGUCGACGUCCGGCCCCAGUAUCCCGACCAGUGGUUCUCCAAGCUCUCUGCUUUGACCUCCCGCCAUGCCUUGGCUUGGGAUGUCGGCACCGGCAACGGCCAAGCGGCCGUAGCGGUCGCAGAGCAUUAUGAGCGAGUGGUUGCAACCGACGUAAGCGAACCCAUGCUGAAGCAGGGGAUCCCGCACCCUCGAGUUCAGUACCUACACACGCCAUCAUCCUUGUCCGAAGACGAAACAGUGGCAAUGCUCGGGGGCGAGAACUCCGUUGAUCUGAUCACGGUUGCCACUGCCAUCCAUUGGUUUGACAUCCCAAAGUUCUACUCUGUUGCCAAACGGGUCCUCCGCAAGCCUGGGGGCGUGAUCGCUGUUUGGACCUACACCGACUUAAUCGGAAUCAAUCCCGAAGUUGAACAGGUGUCAAGACGUCUGCGCGAAGCCUGCAAGUCAUAUUGGAAGCCAGGAGUGCAGUACGUGUUCGAAGAGUAUCGGAACCUUCCGUUUCCGUUUGAGAGCGUAGGUCUAGGUUGUGAAGGACAACCCGUUCAGCUAGAUAUGCCGAGGGAAAUGAGUUUUGAGUCGUUUCUGAGUUGUCAGAGGACCUCGUCGGCAUUAGCGAGGGCCAAGCAGAAUGGUGUGGACCUGUUGACUGAUGAUGUUAUGAAAGAGUUUGAGACCGCUUGGGGCGGAUCUGAUUUGGUCAGAACUGUUAAUUACAAGGUUUUUAUGCUCGCCGGGACCGUGAAAGCUUGAAUGAUCUUUGUUUCUCAGUGCUCAGGGGAGCUCGUUACUGAUGAAACCUUCCUAGAUUACAGCUCCAUUUAACUAAUUUAGCAACACUUCAGUGAGAAUAAUGUUCCAGAGUUCGGGAAUGUGCAUCAGCAGCAGGAUGUCCUUGUAGAUGCU